AUGCUCAAAUUGCAUCUCGAGAGGCGUGGCAUGCGAACGGGAGCAGAGCUUACCAGGGGCAGCUUCAGCAUUGGUAAGCAUUUCCGAGUCACUCUGACUUCGAAUCAUGCUCUAAAAUAUGCCAAGGCUCAGAGCGCCGUUCCGGCGACGUCGUACAACAAUGAUCCUGAUGUUGUCGCCAGGCUUCAGAGAUUGGAGGAGCUACUUCAACGCGUUGAUGCGAAGGUCUCAGCGACGCCAGUAGCCUAUAAUUCGCACACGACGCCACAUAGCUUGCCCCAGCAGCUGACACCAUCGGAUUCCUACCAUACACCGAUCACCGACGACACUGAAGCCGCACACAAUACUGAUACUCGACAUCUCGAGAACAUAGGAACCCACAAUAACGAGAUCAAACUGGCCAUCGACUUAGAGUAUCGCAUCGUCCACAUCAACUAUAUCAAUUAUGUCGAAAAGCUCAGCCGCUUGCGUUCAUCGACGCAGGCGCAGAUGAUAUACCUGCCGCAGAAGUUCCAGGCCAUUGUAUUCUUGGAUGUGUACCAUCAGCACAUCGAAUUCCUACAUCAUGUCACCUACACUCCGCAUGUAUACCGAACGCUGGAUCUUGUAUACGAAGCCAUCGAAAGGCACGAACAACCGUCGCCAGGAGCUGUUGCACUCUUGUUGAGCUUGUUCGCAAGCGCUGCAGCCCUGAGAUAUGCUAUCGGUCCCGCUGUCGAUGUUCCUGGGAUGCCAAUAUCCGGGGACGAAGCCGAAGUCUUGUGCACUGUCUGGGCUCGCUAUGCAUUUGACUGCCUCGAUUCAUCACGUCGGCUAGGCCUCGUAAGCAUGGAAGACCUUCAAGCGUCCAUCACUGCGUUCUUUCUGAUGUAUAACCUGGAGGGAUUUUCGGGACGGUCCCGAAGUGGCAUGGCGGUAGCUCUUGCUAUCGCGAAGGACCUGGGGCUUCACCGACUUGAUCAUCCGGAUACAAGACAAGCUUCUUAUCAGAACCUUGACAAAGUCGAGCUGGAGGUGAGAAGAAGGAUAUGGUGGCACUUAACGGCCACUGAUUGGCAGCUCGGCGUUAGUGGUGGGCCUUCUGAAGGAACUUACUCAGUACAACCAAGGCAUAUCGCGACCAGGCUACCAAGACAUAUCGAAGAGGAAGAUCUCGAGAUCCAAGAUUCUACCUUCGAGCGUCCGCUGACGACACCAACGGCAUCGUCGUACUUGAUCCAACGCAUCAAGCUGGCCGAAGUUGCCCGUCACAUCAUCGACACGAUCCCGCUUGGGUCUUCAGGAGCCGAUUCUGUUCGAUACGAAGACAUCAUCGCGCUUGAUGGCAGAUUUGCAGCUUUUCUCAGAGAGCUGCCGCCAUUCUUUCAAUUCGACCCAGUCAAUGAUGCACAUUAUCAAAGCUUGUAUGCUGAACGACCCUCCAUACUGGUCCAGAAAUACACGACCAACAUGAUCUGUCAAAUGCGACGAUGCCGACUGCAUCAGCCAUUCUUGGUCCGUGGCUUCACCAAUCCUGCUUAUGCACACUCGCGAAACGUCUGUCUCGAGUCAGCCCGCAAGGUCAUCGCGAUCAAACAUCAGCUUGACAGGCAGAAGUCCAUGGCUACCAGCCUCUUAGCCAUGUCUGGAAUUCACCAUCACAUGUUCUUUGCUUGCGUCGCAUUAGUCAUGGACCUCUGCUUUAACAUGAACGGGAAGGGUGAUCGGCAAUGCAACAGUUCAGAGGCAGCGCAAAGGUUAGCAGAAGUCAAGGACGCGCUCAGCGUGCUCGAGGGUGCCAAAGAUCGUAGCCCAGUGGCCAAGAAGUUUCUCGACUCGCUGAUGGAUGUGAUGAGAAAACACAAAGUUCGAUUCAUUGAUGGACCGGCUGCUGAAUCACAGCAAAGGAGCACGCCGCCUUUCGCUGCUUUUGGAGCACUUGCCAACGGCGUGGCUCACGGGGUCCCACAGGCGGCACCAGUGCCCGAUGGCCUGCCAUCGAAUUCACAAAUCUUUGACGACAACUUUGAUGCAAUGCAGACCCAGCAUGAUCAGCACGAUCAGUCUGACUUUGACGAGAUCUGGCAGUCAUAUAUCGAACAUGGACCGAAUUUCGAUGCACCUGACUGGGACGAGCUGUUCCUUGAUCUGCAGAUGCAGCUCAAAUAG